AUGGGAGCUAAUCAAAGCAAUCAACAAGCAUAACAAGAAAAGAAACGUCCAAGAAAAAGAGAUAUCUUAAUGGGUUUAUGCAUGAGCUAACUACAACCCAAAGAUGCAUAAGCUAGAAACAGAUUGCAGAAGAGUCUUUCUGAGAAUAUGAAAUGUUAAACACAAGACAUAUUAACGUAAUUUAUAUGUUUAAAUUCUUAGUAAGAUGAGUGAUGAAGAGAUGCCUAAGUAUUCAAUCAAAAUUUUACAAUACUUUUUAAAUUUUCUUACAAUAAAAGAGUGUAUUCAACUCAAACUGGUUAAUAGAAAACUGAAAUUCAUGAUUGAAAUGAGUAGUAACAUUUACUCAAACUUUCUCAGCUAAUAUUAUUUGAGAAAGUUGUAGUUACACUGUUUUGUAGAAUAUGGAUUACAUAAGGGAUUUGUGUCUGUAUUCUCUGAAUAGUUAUUGAACAUUGAGACAAACUAGGAUGAAUCCUGGAUACGGAUCUAUGCAAAUUUCCAUAAAAGCAUGUAAUUCAUUUUUUAGAUUAUUCCUUAGAUCCUAAUUGAGGAGAAUAGAAGAAGAAAUAUCGUUUCAAUUCAACAUUGAUUAUUCUAUAACUGAAAAAGUAUUAGAAAUCUGCAGAAAUCCCACAUUCCCUAUUCCAAUUUUGACUGAUGACGUACUUAAACAAUCAACCACUAGUUGGUUUCAGUUAGAACUUGCCUAAAAAACAAAUGAAUACAGUGUAGUCGAAAGAGUCCCUAUAUUAGAUUAAUUGACUGAUAAAUUAUAUGAAGAAUGUGAAACUAGUUUCGACAAAGAUAAUAUAAAACAUACUUAGUUAUUAUUUGAAUUAAGAUGGAUUGUUAUUGAUAACUUUAUCAAGUAUCCAAGUUCUUUAGAAUAAGAUAAUAUUCCAAUAUUAUUAAAGUUAUUAGCUCAAUUACUUCAUUUCAUUUAUCAAAGAUGUAUUUUUAGUAGAAAUGUCUUAAUGAUAAUUAAAUAAAAUAAAAAACAAGCUUUAUUUUUAAAUAUGUAUACAGUGUUGUGGGAAUCUUAUAUUGGAAUUGUUUGGGCAUUAAAUAGAUCACUUAAGAAGAUGUAUAAUAAAUUGGAUCAAUUAUUUAAUAAAUACUACACAACAUAAUUUCCUUAAAUCACUUUUACAAGUGCAUUGGUUAGAUUAUGGACAUAAAUUGUUAUUAAAGGUACCAAGAAUGUUGAAAAUGAUCCUAUUGAAAAUGAAUUACUCUUAUCAUUUGAUACAAUAUUAAGAAACAAAAGAACUCUAUUAUUUGAGUAUUUUACCAAAGAUUAAAUCACAAAUCAGAAACAAUUAAUAAAUCAUACUAUUAAUGAUGAUUAUUUUAAAUAUUGUUCAAGUGCUGUUGAUAGUUUAUUAAAUAAAUUCACUUCAAAUAUACUUGAUUUAUCAUUACAUGAACAAAGUAUUCAUUGGAUUGGACAUUCUUAAGUUAAAGUAGGAUAACUCUAUGGAUCUAUUUUAGAAAUAGUUGUCAAAUAAACUAAUGAAAUUUACAAUCAAGCAUCCAUAUAAUUCUCUACAAAUUUUAAUGUAUUCAAAGAUUACAUCUUAGGUAUUUAAUUUAAUUAAUAUUUUAGCUGAAACCAGAUACAUGUAAGAAAUCAUGAAUUAAUGGACUGUUUAAGUAUGUAUUUUACCAAUUGGAAUAAAUUUCUUGUAUGAUAAAAUUAAAAUCAACCUCAGACAACAUGUUCUAUCAUGUUAAUUAAACUCCUGCAUUGAAGAAUAGAGUGAUUUUGAAGAAAAUAUCUUGGAAUCAUAAAUUAUUCCCACAAAUCUUCAAUUUAUCAAAUUUAAUGAACCAGAUGAAUUAUCAUCUAGAAUUGAGAAAGAAGAUUCAAUUUUAGAAAGCUUCAUUUGCUAAAUAUUGAAAGAAGAGAUAACAUAACCUGUAGGAGUGUCUCGAAUGGGUUAAUAACAUCAGCCAUUACAAUAAUCAAUUUUCUAGCAAUAGAUUAAUGUGCCUAAAAUCUCUUCAACCAAAUAAUAAAGUAUAGUUGAUGGAGAUUAUAGUAAACUCAGAAUGCUUUCAACUUUCUCUGCAAGUACUAGAGUUAGUUAAGUUACAUAAAUUACUAGUGUUCUUAGUUAAUAGAUACUUUCAUCAAUAAAAUCAAACCUUAAUAUGUUCUAGGUUAAAGAUAUUAAAAAUAAAUUGGAGAACAAUUAAUGGGCUACUUAUUUGAAAGAUAUCCAUAUUUUGGAAGUAGAAAACAAAAUCAAAAUAGAUAAGAGGAACAACUAAAUUUAAAUGAGAAAUUUUAUGAGAUAAAUACCUUAAGAUUUGGAAGAUACAUUUAAUAAUAUAAUUGAUUUUACAAAGAUCUGGAAUUUAUUAGAUACUUAAAACCUAUAUUUAUCAACAGAUGAUUUGACCAAUAUUUAAAUAAAUAAACAAUUACCAUAAAGAAUCUUCAGUGAAAUUUAAUUUGGAGAUGGGUUGUUUGCAUCAUAUUUCUAAUAAGUAUGA